CAGAUUUUGUGAUUGGAAUUGUUUCUAAUGGAAAUUUAUCAUCUUUAUCAAAUUAUCGAUCAGCUCCAACUGGUUACUACCCUCCUACACCUGAUGGUGAUGACUCAGAUUUACAAAUAAUUAAUUACACACCUCCUAAAGAUAAUUUUGCAACUAUUGAAUUCUCAAGACCUUUAACACCUAAUGGAAGAAAAGGGAUUAGAAGUGGACUUAUGAAAUUUAUUUUGGCUUAUAAUCCUGCAAGUUCAGUAUUUUCAUAUCAUCAAAAUAAUCGUCAAUUAACACUAUUUGAUUUUUACAAUAAUCAAUUUUCAUCAUCUGUAUCUAAUG